UGAAGUGCCGCCGCUGCCGCUACUGCUGCUGCAGGGAAAAUGCUGAGCCCUCCCGGAGCGGGUGGGCGGCGGCGGCGAAGGCGGCAACGGGCACCCGCUUCCCCGGCGCGGCGGCGGCGGCCAUGGCCCGGCUGGCCGACUACUUCAUCGUAGUAGGCUACGACCACGAGAAGCCAGGGUCAGGAGCAGGUCUGGGGAAAAUAAUCCAGAGGUUUCCACAGAAGGACUGGGAUGAUACACCUUUUCCACAGGGAGUUGAACUGUUUUGUCAGCCUGGAGGGUGGCAGCUGUCCAGAGAGAGGAAGCAGCCAACGUUUUUUGUGGUGGUCCUGACAGAUAUUGACUCAGAUCGACAUUACUGCUCGUGCCUAACCUUUUAUGAGGCAGAGAUCAAUCUUCAGGGAACAAAGAAAGAUGAGAUUGAAGGUGAAGUGGAAGUGCCUGGUUUAAUUCAGCCUGCAGAAGUGUUUGCUCCCAAAAGCCUGGUGUUGGUAUCCAGAUUAGAUUAUCCAGAAAUUUUUAGGGCUUGCCUGGGUUUGAUCUAUACUGUAUAUGUGGACACUCUGAAUGUCUCCUUGGAAAGUCUCAUUGCAAACCUGUGUGCGUGUCUUGUCCCAGCGGCUGGAGGGUCUCAGAAGCUGUUUUCCUUGGGUGCAGGAGAUAGACAGCUGAUCCAGACUCCCUUGCAUGAUAGUCUUCCUGUCACAGGCACUAGUGCGGCUCUCCUGUUCCAGCAAUUGGGAAUUCAGAAUGUCCUCAGCCUCUUCUGUGCAGUCCUCACAGAAAAUAAGGUUCUCUUCCAUUCUGCAAGUUUCCAGAGACUUAGUGAUGCUUGUAGAGCCCUGGAAUCAUUAAUGUUUCCUCUUAAAUAUAGUUAUCCUUAUAUUCCUAUUCUCCCGGCUCAGCUACUGGAAGUUCUGAGUUCCCCAACGCCUUUCAUUAUUGGAGUACAUUCUGUCUUUAAAACUGAUGUUCAUGAGCUUUUAGAUGUAAUCAUAGCUGAUUUGGAUGGAGGCACUAUUAAAAUUCCUGAAUGUAUUCACCUCUCUUCCCUUCCGGAACCACUUCUACAUCAGACUCAAGCAGCUCUUUCUUUGAUUCUACACCCAGAUUUGGAAGUAGCAGAUCAUGCUUUUCCCCCUCCACGAACAGCUUUAUCUCACUCAAAAAUGCUGGAUAAAGAAGUGCGUGCAGUUUUUCUUAGAUUAUUUGCACAGCUUUUCCAAGGAUAUAGAUCAUGCUUACAACUCAUAAGAAUUCAUACAGAACCAGUAAUACAUUUUCACAAGACAGCUUUCUUGGGACAGCGUGGUUUGAUUGAGAAUGAUUUCCUCACAAAAGUUCUCAAUGGAAUGGCAUUUGCAGGUUUUGUUUCAGAAAGAGGUCCUCCCUAUAGAUCCUGUGAUCUUUUUGAUGAGUUGGUAGCUUUUGAAGUAGAGCGAAUUAAAGUUGAAGAAAAUAACCCAGUGAAGAUGAUAAAGCAUGUCAGAGAACUUGCUGAGCAACUAUUCAAAAAUGAAAAUCCAAACCCUCAUAUGGCGUUUCAGAAAGUUCCACGUCCAACAGAAGGAUCCCACUUGCGAGUUCAUAUUCUUCCUUUCCCAAAGAUUAAUGAAACUCGGGUACAGGAAUUAAUACAGGAAAAUCUUGCCAAGAACCAGAAUGCACCUCCUGCUUCAAGAGUGGAAAAGAAAUGUGUUGUGCCCGCAGGUCCACCUGUUGUUUCAAUAAUGGAUAAGGUGACAACAGUUUUCAACAGUGCACAGAGACUGGAAGUUGUUAGAAACUGCAUCUCAUUCAUAUUUGAAAAUAAAACAUUGGAGACUGAAAAGACCCUUCCUGCUGCACUGAGAGCCCUUAAAGGAAAGGCAGCAAGACAGUGUCUCACUGAUGAGCUGGGUUUACAUGUUCAGCAAAACCGGGCAAUAUUAGACCAUCAACAGUUCGACUACAUAAUAAGGAUGAUGAACUGUACUCUACAGGAUUGUUCAAGUUUAGAAGAAUAUAACAUUGCUGCAGCAUUACUCCCUUUGACCAGUGCUUUCUAUAGGAAACUGGCCCCUGGAGUCAGCCAGUUUGCUUACACCUGUGUACAGGACCACCCCAUUUGGACGAAUCAGCAAUUUUGGGAGACAACCUUUUACAAUGCGGUGCAGGAACAGGUUCGAUCCCUGUAUCUCUCAGCCAAGGAAGACAAUCAUGCCCCACAUCUGAAGCAAAAGGGUAAACUGCCUGAUGACCAAUAUCAGGAGAAGACAGCAAUGGACCUGGCAGCCGAGCAGCUACGCCUUUGGCCUACUCUGAGCAAAUCAGCUCAGCAGGAGCUGGUGCAACGUGAGGAAAGCACUGUCUUCAGUCAGGCCAUUCACUUUGCAAACCUCAUGGUCAAUCUGCUAGUUCCACUAGAUACAAGUAAAAACAAGCUCCUAAGAACAUCAGCACCAGGAGACUGGGAAAGUGGGAGCAACAGCAUUGUCACAAACAGUAUUGCAGGAAGUGUAGCUGAGAGCUAUGAUACAGAAAGUGGGUUUGAAGAUUCAGAGAAUAAUGACAUUGCCAAUUCUGUUGUGCGUUUCAUUACCCGAUUUAUUGACAAAGUUUGUACAGAGAGUGGAGUUACUCAGGAUCACAUCAAGAGCCUGCAUUGCAUGAUACCAGGAAUUGUAGCUAUGCACGUUGAAACCCUAGAAGCAGUGCAUCGAGAGAGUAGAAGACUUCCACCUAUACAGAAGCCCAAGAUUCUUAGACCUGCUCUACUGCCUGGAGAAGAAAUUGUUUGUGAAGGUCUUCGAGUCCUGCUGGAUCCUGAUGGAAGAGAAGAAGCCACUGGAGGCCUUCUUGGAGGCCCUCAGCUCCUGCCAGCAGAAGGAGCCUUGUUCCUCACCACAUACAGAAUUCUGUUCAGAGGGACUCCCCAUGAUCAGCUAGUUGGUGAGCAGACAGUUGUGCGAAGUUUUCCCAUUGCCUCCAUCACCAAGGAGAAGAAGAUCGCAAUGCAGAACCAGCUACAACAGAACAUGCAAGAAGGACUGCAGAUCACAUCAGCAUCUUUUCAGUUGAUUAAAGUAGCAUUUGAUGAAGAAGUGAGUCCAGAAGUAGUAGAGAUCUUUAGGAAACAGCUGAUGAAGUUUCGUUAUCCUCAGUCCAUUUUUACCACCUUUGCUUUUGCUGCUGGACAAACUACCCCACAAAUAAUUUUACCCAAGCAGAAGGAAAAGAACACUUCCUUUCGCACCUUCUCAAAAACAAUUGUGAAAGGUGCCAAAAGGGCAGGGAAAAUGACGAUUGGGCGGCAGUAUUUAUUGAAGAGGAGGACAGGGACAAUUGUGGAAGAGAGAGUGAACCGUCCUGGAUGGAAUGAAGAGGAUGACAUAUCUGUUUCAGAUGAUAGUGAACUCCCCACAAGUACCACCCUGAAGGCUUCGGAGAAAUCUACAAUGGAACAGUUAGUGGAAAAAGCUUGUUUCAGAGACUAUCAGCGUUUAGGUUUGGGAACCAUAAGUAGCAGCUCUUCUCGCUCAAAACCAGAGUACUUUCGAAUCACUGCCUCCAACAGGAUGUACUCACUCUGCCGGAGCUAUCCUGGCCUCUUAGUUGUACCUCAAGCUGUACAGGACAGUAGUUUACCAAGAGUAGCCCGCUGCUAUCGACACAAUCGCCUGCCUGUUGUAUGUUGGAAGAACUCAAGAAGCAGUACCCUGCUUCUGCGAUCUGGAGGAUUCCAUGGGAAGGGAGUAGUUGGCCUUUUUAAAUCUCAGAACUCCCCUCAGGCAGCUCCUACCUCCUCUUUAGAAUCUUCCAGUAGCAUAGAACAAGAAAAGUACUUGCAAGCCUUACUGAGUGCAGUUUCUGUCCAUCAGAAACUCAGUGGCAAUAACACCCUUACUGUCAGGCCAGCACUUGCUCUGUCUCCAGGGACUGAAAGGAGGACUUCAAGAAUGUCCACUGUGCUUAAGCAGGUAGUGCCAGGACAUUUGGAUGUAAACCCAUCCAAUAGCUUUGCUCGAGGAGUGCAUGGGUACAGAGAUAAAUGUUUUACUCAGUCAAAUCCCAAAUCUUCAGCUAAGGGAAGAGUCCAUUAUCAAGGUGUUUGGGCAAGUCUUCGCUCUAGCGCUCGCCUGAUCAGCUCUCCAACAUCCUUCGUUGAUGUUGGCGCCCGGCUGGCAGGCAAGGAUCACUCGACGUCCUUCAGUAACAGCACUUACCUGCAAAACCAGCUCUUGAAACGCCAAGCAGCCCUUUAUAUAUUUGGUGAGAAGUCGCAGCUAAGGAACUUCAAGUUAGAAUUUGCUUUAAAUUGUGAGUUUGUUCCUGUUGAAUUUCAUGACAUCCGACAAGUGAAAGCCAGUUUUAAAAAACUGAUGAGAGCUUGUGUCCCAAGCACCAUCCCUACUGACUCAGAAGUGACCUUCCUGAGAGCCCUGGGAGACUCUGAGUGGUUCCCACAGCUUCACAGGAUAUUGCAGCUUGCUGUGGUUGUAUCAGAAGUACUUGAGAAUGGUUCCUCAGUUUUGGUGUGUUUGGAAGAAGGCUGGGACAUCACUGCACAAGUGACCUCCCUGGUUCAGUUACUCAGUGACCCCUUUUAUAGGACACUUGAAGGCUUCCGGAUGCUGGUCGAAAAAGAGUGGCUCUCUUUUGGUCAUAAAUUCAGUCAGCGGAGCAGCUUGACCCUCAGCUGUCAGGGCAGUGGUUUCACUCCAGUCUUCCUACAGUUCUUAGAUUGUGUACACCAGGUUCACAACCAGUAUCCAACUGAGUUUGAAUUCAAUCCCUAUUACUUAAAGUUCUUGGCUUUCCACUAUGUGUCUAAUCGCUUUAAAACAUUUCUCCUGGAUUCAGACUAUGAAAGAUUAGAGCAUGGAACUUUAUUUGAUGAUAAAGGAGACAAGCGUGCCAAAAGAGGAAUUUGUAUUUGGGAGUGUAUCGAUAGAAUGCACAAGAGGAGUCCCAUUUUCUUUAAUUAUUUAUAUUCACCAGUGGAAACAGAGGCCCUGAAGCCCAAUGUAAACGUUUCCAGCCUCAAGAAGUGGGAUUACUAUGUAGAGGAGACCCUUUCCACAGGGCCUUCAUAUGACUGGACAAUGCUGACCCCUAAGCAGUUCCCCUCCGAAGACUCUGAACUGACCAGAGGAGCUGGGCCCCAGAGCCAGAGGAGAACAGUGUGGCCAUGCUAUGAUGAUGUCAGCUGUGCUCAGCCCGACGCUCUCACCAGCCUUGUCAGUGAAAUUGAAAGACUGGAGCAUAAAUUGAACCAAACAGCUGAGAAGUGGCAGCAGCUAUGGGAACGGGUAACUGUGGACCUUAAAGAAGAGCCCAGAGCAGACCGUCCCCAGAGACACCCUUUGGGCUCCCCAGGAAUUGUGUCUACCAACCUCCCUUCCUAUCAGAAGAGGUCUCUGCUGCAUCUCCCAGACAGCAGCAUGGGGGAGGAACAGAACGCCAGCAUCUCCCCAUCCAACGGAGUGGACCGGAGAGCAGCCACGCUGUACAGCCAGUACACGUCCAAGAAUGAUGAAAACAGGUCCUUUGAGGGAACGCUCUACAAAAGAGGGGCUUUGCUGAAAGGUUGGAAGCCCCGCUGGUUCGUUUUGGAUGUAACAAAACAUCAGCUGCGAUACUAUGACUCGGGUGAGGACACAAGCUGUAAAGGCCACAUUGAUCUGGCUGAGGUAGAAAUGGUCAUCCCUGCUGGCCCCAGCAUGGGAGCCCCAAAGCACACGAGUGACAAGGCUUUCUUUGAUCUCAAGACCAGCAAACGUGUGUAUAACUUCUGUGCCCAGGAUGGACAGAGUGCCCAGCAGUGGAUGGACAGGAUCCAGAGCUGUAUAUCUGAUGCCUGAUGCCCAUGGUCAACCCAAACAGAAGAGGGAGGAGGGGCUUGUGCUGCCAGAUAGGAAAAAAGUGUGUGAGUCCUUGAGGAGCUGACAGCUUCCUGCUGGUUCUGAUGAGUCAUCCUAGGGCCUAAGGUUCUCCUACCCAGACUUAACCCAUUCCCCUCUUUUAGCAGUUGCUAAGCCUGCUUAGCCUGAGUGGGUGUGUUACACAGGUCUGUCAAGAGCCCUAGGCCCUCCCUGUAUCUUGCACUAGGUUGUUCUAACAGGGUCUUCAUGGUUAGGGAUCAGAAGAAUGCUUUCUGAGCCGACCGUCAUCCAUCCCCUAGGCAAAGUGGCUGCCACCUACCUGGGUCCUUCUUCAUGAAAGAUACAUAGAUCCUUUUUGUUCUCCAAGGUCCUAAUAUCCUUGGAGAGCUUUCUGACAAGCAAAAAUCAAAAUCCUCCAAGACUAUCUUCCAUUCUGCAUAGACUAGGUUUCCCAUCAAAGGCUCCUAUUCUUACUACCUGACCUUAGAGAUGCUCAGUUCUCUGGUGCUGUCAAAGGUGCUUCCGUGAUACCUGCUCGACCAUUGGGGUUCACAGCAAGACCAUCAGUGCUCAGUGGCAGGCAAAGGGGGGCACACAAGAUUAUCCUGAUGCAAAAAGAUUGUCCAGAGAAUGAUGCAGUAAUCACCAGGCCAAUGCAGGAAAAUACUGCUUCCAAAACACUGAAUUUUCUAGGCCAAAGGUGCCCUGAGGAUGCAGGACUUUGUGCUCCCAUGUAUUCUUCUGCUCCCUGACGGCUUCUUACACAAAAUAACAUGCAAAAAGCUGAAUGCACUAACUCACAAAACAGACACUUGCACUGAACUAAUAACGUGGAGAUGUUUGAGAGACAGAAGCCAGCUGUUUAUGACCACACGACCCCUAUGACAAGGGCUGUGUAAACCGAGGUCGCACUGUGGCGUGACUGGAUACCCAAACGGCACCUCUGCACGUGAACAGUAGGGACUUGUUUGGUCUUUAGGUUUUCUUUACUUCUGAUAGCCUGUGUUUGUUCAGCUUAAGACACCAGGAAUACUGUUUCUCAUGGCACACAGAAACAGCUUUUCUGCAACGGCCGCUGCGGUUGGCUGGAGUCGUAGGUAGCUAGAUCAUUACAUUUGUUUUGAAAUGUUAAUAUGUUAAAUACCAAACUAAUAUUUCAAAAAUAUGUAUAUAUGAGUUCUUAUAUCCUUGUUUUUCAGAUAGUCUGCUUAUAAUUUAAUAUAAAAUUAACUGAUUCAUUCAUAAAAUUUCAGUAGUGAAAUGGUUCCCUUUUUAAAAAGCCGCUUUGUAGAUUAAAAAUAAAUCAGAUUUUCAAAUUUAAAAUUAUCUACACACUAGAAAAUAGAAUUGUGUUAAUAUAUAAGAAAUUGGGGGAUGAUAAGAAUGAAGGAUUUUUCUAUCAUUUUCAUUUUAUAAAUUGCCACCUGUGAAAAUGGUUUUUGCACAUUAUUUGUAUUUUUCUUUGUAUAUGAAAUAAUUUUUUGUACUCUGUAAAAUAUGGAGCCCGUUGUACCCUCAGCUAUUUGAGACUUUACACAGUGCUUCUUUUGUAACUGGAUUCUUGUAACUUUCAUGAAGGCGCUACAUGCCUUGCAUUCACUAACCACCUUGAAUUAAAUUUAUUUCUUAAGAAGAACCAUCCCUCAUUUACUGAAAUAAAGUUCACUGUGCAUUG